CCUGUUGUAAACAGCACUUGAAUUUCAUGUCUAAGACUUCUGUCGUCUUUAUGGAAGACAACAGACUGAGCUUAUUACGGUCCUCUGAGUAUUGUAACGAGGAGAUGGAUUGUAACGCAUUUUCAGGCACCUGUGUGGCAAGAAGCCUCUUUAAAGAAACUUAUUCCUAAACAUCCACUUUAGGAAGAUGUCUGCCUUCCUUCAGCUUUGCAGUGUAGGAAGACUGGCUUUCUGGAUUACUGUCCUACCACAUUGAGUUUUUAACCUCACAGCUCUCCCCAGGAUUAUUUCUAAACUGUGAGUAUUUGGACUGCUCUCUACUAGAUAUGACACACAGAUCAUGUUAUUAAGGAAGUUGUUAGAAGUAUUUAAUUUGCAGAUUACAAAUGCACCCUCAAGAAUUUGUGUGUGGGGUGGGGGGAAAUGUGCAAAUUCACUUUCACGUGGGUGUGUUUAAGCUUCUGCAAGGGUGCUGGCUAUUCGUUUGGACCUCUUGGGCUGUAAGAACCCAGAUCAAGGAGCAGGUGCCUUUUCAUUAGUGCUAACUGGGAGCAGCGUAAGACCCAGUCGAACGGAUUGUUUUACCUCUCUAGUCACCCUCUCACAGUAAGAUACUCCAGCUGUUGCUUAUAAGGAUUUAGAUUUAAGUUCCUGUGCAUGAUGACAGAAUAUUUGUACCGUAUGUUAGCAAUUAACGUCAAUGCUUUCUUAACCAUGGACCAGUGUGAUCACACCUGGAUCUGUUGUUAUGGACUCUUCAACUUCCUCUAUCAGUGCUGCUGUACUGUAACCUCGGAAUGGCAGCGGUGGGUCGGUGGAACUAUGCUGCUUCUCUGUAGGAUGAACUUCCCAAGUCUCAGAGUUGUACUUCUUUCUCCUGUCCUGCUUUAGACCCUUUCAUUGGGAUCUGAAUGAACUUGCUCAAAUCUCUGAAUUAAUCUGCUUUCAGCAUGAUGUUUUGCAGUUCGGAUGCUUGUCUGUGAUUGUACUUGGUGUGAAAGAAGAUGGUGAAAUACGAUGGUUGCAAUCGUAUUCCUCAGGUGGCUGCUUUACUCCUUGUGGCUUGCUUCAGUUAAGAAUACCUUUUGUGUCCUUCCUAUGGGCUUUUUAGCUCUUGCUGCAGCAGCUCAUGGAUUUAAACUGAAAGGUCUUGAGUUCAAACUCCGUGACUGAUUACUCAUGCUAUCAUGUUAUAAAUCCUAGUAAACCAGUAGGAAGCAAAGGAAUGCAGAGUUAAUCUGAGUAUAAAUGCUUGAAGCAUGUGUGCCAUGUUCCUUUCCAAAAAGUAGCCUGACUUUUAUGCUUCUGUGCCUGCGUAUCUCGGCAUAAAUAACUCUAGCAACCUUUUGGUACUUUGGAUGAUUUCCAGUGGAACAAAGUAGUGUGGGUGAUGCCCUUGGUCUUGAGUAAAGUUCUGACCUCCUAGCUUGUGAUCAAACUGAUAGGCCAGUGUGACGUGUUUUGACAGCACAGAAUAACCAAGGCCUUCGUUGCUUCCGGUUUUUGCAGAUAGUUGCUUAGAAAUUCAUUUUAACUGUUCUUUCUCUAGGAAGGAAUGUCUUCUAGGUGUUAAAACUGAUUUGCCUUGAAACUAACUUUCAUUGUAGCUUUUCUGUCUUAAUUUGUUUCAGGUUUGACCAGAAGAGCUGUUAGUGUACACAUGCAAGUUCUGAAGGGUUUUUGAAAAUACUAAGUGCCUCCCCUGUCUUCUACCUCUUUCGCUGGCCAUGAGGCAGCAGGUGCCAUGGCUGGGGUUGGAGCUCUGUACUGAUUGACUGCUACCUUUUGGAGAGGUUAAGAUACCAAAUUCAGUUGCCCAGGAAUAUGAUUGAAAACAGUAUGUUUGAAGAAGAGCCCGACGUGGUUGAUUUGGCAAAAGAGCCUUGCUUACAUCCCCUGGAGCGCGAGGAAGUGGAGUAUGAGCCAAGGAGCUCCCGGCUCUUGGUGCGUGGCCUUGGAGAGCAUGAAAUGGAUGACGAUGAAGAGGAUUACGAAUCAUCGGCAAAAUUGCUGGGGAUGUCCUUCAUGAACAGAAGCUCGGGUCUCCGGAAUAACAUGGCUGGCUAUAGACAAAGUGCGGACGGAUCCUGCUCGGUGCCCUCUACAAGGACCGUGGUGGUUUGCACGGUGGUUGUUGUGAUUGCAGUUUCAGUAAUAAUGGUGAUUUAUCUUCUUCCCAAAUGUACCUUUACCAAAGAAGGCUGCCGUAAAAAAAAUCAUACAAUGGAACUAAUAUACCCUUUGGCAACCAAUGGAAAACUAUUUCCAUGGGCAAAAAUUAGACUUCCUACUGACGUUGUACCGCUGCAUUAUGAUCUUGUCUUGCAGCCAAACCUGACCACUCUGAAAUUUGCAGGUUCUGUGAAGAUAGUGGUUAACGUCAUCCAGGUAACUUGGAAGAUUGUACUUCACAGCUCAGGACUUAAUACGUCAGCAGGAGGGAGUCAAGCAAAGCCAGUUGAAUUCCUGGAAUAUCCACUGCAUGACCAGAUUGCAGUCAUGGCUCCUGAGGCUCUCCUUGUAGGACAGAAUUACACCCUCAACAUAGAAUAUUCGUCUGAUUUAUCAGAUGCCUACUACGGUUUUUACAAAAUUUCUUACAAGGAUGAGAAUUCUAAGCAAAGGUGGUUUGCAGCAACUCAGUUUGAGCCUCUGGCUGCAAGGUCUGCUUUUCCAUGCUUUGAUGAACCAGCAUUUAAAGCUACCUUUCUAAUCAAGAUCAAGAGAGAUGAGCAACUUUCCACCCUGUCAAAUAUGCCGAAGGAAGCCACUACUCCUGUGACAAAUGGGAUUGUUCAAGAUGAGUUUUUUGUGAGUUUGAAGAUGAGCACCUACUUGGUAGCCUUUGUUGUUGCAGACUUGAAAAACAUCAGCAGGGAAACUAAUGGGACUCUGGUCUCCAUCUAUGCCGUACCGCAGCAUCUAAACCAAGUUGGAUAUGCUCUAAACACAGCAGUGAAGCUUCUGGAAUUUUAUCAAAAGUACUUUUUAAUAAAUUACCCUCUUGAAAAAUUAGAUCUGGUAGCUAUUCCUGAUUUUCAGUCAGGUGCUAUGGAAAACUGGGGCUUGAUCACCUUCCGAGAAACAACUCUCUUAUAUGACAACAAAACCUCUUCAGCAAAAGAUAAAAAGCUAAUAACUGCAGUGAUAGCUCAUGAGCUGGCCCAUCAGUGGUUCGGCAACCUAGUAACUAUGGAGUGGUGGAACGAUCUUUGGCUGAAUGAAGGAUUUGCCACUUUUAUGGAGUACUUUGCCAUGGAGGAGAUUUUUCCAGAAUUACAUUCAGAUGAAGAUUUCCUAAAUCUGAUUUUCAAGGCUAUGAUGAAGGAUUCCUUGAACUCUUCGCAUCCACUCUCUUCCACUGUUCAGUCUUCAGAACAGAUUGAAGAAAUGUUUGAUGCGCUUUCUUAUAUAAAGGGGGCUUCACUUCUGUUGAUGCUGAAGCACUAUCUCACUAAGGAUGUUUUCCAAGCUGGCGUUGAGGUAUAUCUGCGUAAUUAUAGCUAUGGAUCCACCAAGAGUGAUGACUUGUGGGACAGCAUGAAUGAGAUUACUAAUGGAACACUAGAUGUAAAAAAGUUAAUGAAAACCUGGAUUCUGCAUAAAGGAUUUCCUUUAGUGACUGUUGUUCGAAAAGGAAAGAACAUCUCUGUACAACAGGAGAAAUUUGUAUAUCGUGUGGAGCCAGAAAAUUGGACGUCAGAUGCCAGUUAUCUGUGGCAUAUUCCUCUCACCUACAUAACUAGUAACUGCAACUUUACCCAUUGUACUAAUGCAUAUUUACUGGACCAAAAGUCAGCUGUCAUUGAACUUCCGGAAGAGGUGGAAUGGAUAAAAUUCAACGUGGAUAUGAGUGGUUAUUACAUAGUACACUACACUGAAGACUGGAAGACGCUGAUUGAUCUGCUGAAAAAAAAUCACACUGCUCUGAGUGCUAAAGACAGAGCCAAUCUGAUCAACAAUAUCUUCAGUCUGGCAGGUCUAGGAAAAGAGUCUCUGAAAAAGGCCUUUGAGCUGAUCGAUUACCUCGAGAAAGAGAGCAGCCCUGCACCACUCACUCAAGCUUUGUUUCAGAUGAGUCUUAUUUACAACCUCUUAGAGAAAAGGGGUGAACAGCUGGCGGCACGAGUAAUGCAUAGAAUAGAACAUCUACUUGGAAAUAAAAUUGAUCAGCAAACUUGGACUGAUGAUGGGACCCUAUCUGAACGAGAGCUGCGGGCAACACUGCUAGCUUUUGCCUGCGCUCAUGAUAUGCGAAACUGUAGAGUGACUGCCACUGAGAUGUUUAAGAAGUGGAUGAGUUCUAAUGGCACAACGAGUCUGCCUAGUGAUGUUAUGAAAGCCAUAUUUGCAGCUGGAGCCAAAACUAAUGAUGGCUGGGAAUUCCUCUUAAAGAUGUACUCCUCUUCAGUUUCUGAAGCAGAAAAGAACAAAAUGAUUGAAGCUUUGGCCAGCACAGAUGAUGUCAGAAAGCUGAUCUGGUUAAUGCAGAACAGCCUUGAGGGCGAAGUCAUAAGGGCGCAGGAGCUUUCACAUAUCAUAGCAACUGUUAGCCAGAGUUUGCCUGGAUAUUUGCUGGCCUGGGACUUUGUUAAAGAGAACUGGGAAAAGCUUACACGAAAGUUUCACCUAGGCUCAUACACUAUCCAGAAUAUCGUUAGUUGGUCAACUUGUCAGUUUUCCACAAAGGCACAUCUGCUUGAGGUGAAGACAUUUUUUGAGUCACGAUCAGAGGAGAGUUCUCAACUGCAUUGUGUAAAAGAGGCAAUUGAUACAAUUCAGCUCAAUAUCCAGUGGAUGGAGAGGAAUUUAGCAAAACUACAGGAAUGGCUAUAGUGAAUGAACAUACUGCUGUGGUUUUCCAGCCAUUCAGGAUAUUUGUGGACUGUUGCUCUGUUACUUUUGCAAAAGCCAGAGUGAAACCAGGCAUUGCUGCAACAUCGUUUGCACUAUUAGGGAGUCUAGAUAGCUCAGGGCACAUCUCACGUAAGUUUUGUUUUUCCUUGGAGCAUUUAUGGGCAGGAUGUAAGUAUUUAUUCUGAAACUAUUUUAAUCUGUAGACCAAACAUCUGCAUAAAUGAUGAUGCAUAAUUUUAUAUUUGAAACAUGCGCCCUUUCAUUUGGAAUCAUGUUGUAGUUUUUCAGCAGUGAGUAAAUACUGACAGAGGCAGAAAAAAGCAAGAUUUACCAUGCAAACUGUUCUUUCUUUGCAGACUUCUGGUUCAGCAAUAGGGUUUUUAAAUGCAAAAAUGUAAGUAGUUUUUACAUUUGUAGAUACAGUAGCUGUUGUGGAACAGAAUCAUACCUUAUAAGGUCCAUUAAUACUUACAUAAUUAAGGUGCGCCAGUUUGAGGGGAGAUGAAGUUUCGGAUGUGCUUCAAAUUUUGAUUUUUAAAAAGGUUCUCUAGAAUUUACACAAAUCAUAGGAAAGAGCAAUAUAGCAUUCUAAGCAAUGUACGCUUUCGUCUGUAAAGUGGCUGAGUAUUAAUAUUACAUACGGAGAAGUGAAAAGCCAAGGAGCAGAAACGUUUUGGAGGUGGGAUUUCCAGAAGCACCUAGGUGACCUUGGGAUUUUUACUCUGAAUUGAUUAAACGUUUUUGAGAAUCUCCUCUUUAAUCAUUAGAUUGUAAUUAAUGUUGCUAUGUUGAUCUCUUUGAGCAACAGCAGAAAUCUGCUGUGGGAAGUUGCUCCAGGCUGGUUCAUCUGUUAGACUGACUACUGAUUUGUUCACUUUUGACUACUGAUUUUUAAUUUCUUCACUUGUUGCGGAGAGUCUGCAAUUAGUAGAUGUGUAUCAGCCACUUAAUUUAGGUAAGCUUCUGCUUUUUUCCUUAACCUGUGACCUCCCAUGUCACUAGUUUAAUUUGUGUGCAUAGCUUACUUUGUAUAGCAUAGCAUUAGGAAAGCUCCUCAUUUGGAUUUUAAUGGUAUAUUCUCCUACUCUCUUGAAAAACCCCAGGGGACAAAUCUUCAAACUGUUUUGAAGAAAGGGAUCUAAAAAAAAAAAAAAAAAAAAAGGGCAAAAAAUCUGCAGUACAAUCUGCCUCUGUCUAAAAACAGUUAACAUGGCCAUUUCUUAGGCAUGACAUGUACAUGCAACCUAUGCAAGAAUAAACCUACUUGUUUAUCUGAA